AACAUCAUUAGAUGUGUGGUUACUCUUUUUCCAUUCUUUUUUCAGUUUCUUUAUUUUAAAAAAACCUUCAUUUACACAUUACACUUUCAAUUCGGCACAAUCAUGUCCACUCCAACGUCGAAUUCCAUUACCAAGCCCGCGUCCAGCGACAACACACUGCCGUGGGUCGAGAAAUAUAGACCAUCGGAGCUCAAGGACGUCGUUGGAAACCAUGAAACAGUCGACCGACUCAACGUGAUUUCACUGAGCGGAAACAUGCCCAAUCUUAUUCUAGCUGGAGCCCCUGGUAUCGGAAAAACAACCAGCAUUCUUUGCUUGGCGCACUCGUUGCUCGGCUCAGCGUACAAGGAGGCCGUGCUGGAGCUGAACGCAUCGGACGACCGCGGAAUUGAAGUGGUGAGAAACAAAAUAAAAAUGUUUGCACAAAAGAAAGUCAAUCUGCCAGCCGGCCGGCACAAAAUCAUCAUCCUUGACGAAGCCGAUAGCAUGACGCCUGGCGCACAGCAGGCGCUGCGGCGCACGAUGGAGAUCUACUCGAACACAACGAGGUUUGCGCUGGCGUGCAACUUGUCAGGGAAGAUUAUUGAGCCGAUCCAGAGUCGCUGCGCCAUCCUGCGCUACGGCAAACUGCAGAGCGACCAGGUGUUGCAUAGGCUGGUGGAGAUCUGCCGCGCUGAGAAUGUUGAGUACACGCCAGAGGGUCUCGAGGCCAUUGCGUUUUCGGCCGAUGGUGAUAUGCGCCAGGCUGUAAACAACUUGCAGUCGACGGCCAGCGGCUUUGGGCUGGUUACGCCUGCCAACGUGUACCGCGUGUGCGAUCAGCCGCACCCGGUGGUUAUCCGCAAGAUGCUGGGCAGCUGCGCAAAGGGUGACGUAGAUGAGGCUGUUGCGUGCAUCAGCUUGCUGUGGACGCAAGGUUACUCGGCUGUUGAUAUAAUCACAUCAGUUUUCCGCGUGGUCAAGAUUUAUGACGACUUGGAUGAGGACAAGAAGCUCAAAUUUAUCCGGGAGAUUGGAAUCACGCAUAUGCGCAUUGUCGAUGGGCUGCAAACGCUUGUCCAGCUGCAGGGGCUUGCGGCCAGGCUCAGCAAAUUUGCCCUGCCCGCGGAGUCGUUCCAGGUUUGACUCACCCUUGUUUUUUAAUUGAUGCGGAUUUUAAAAAAUAAGCAAACCCUAUUUUGUUUUUUUGGCGCAUGCAGCCAUGCACACUGACAUGUGCUCUAAAUAAAAAACUUUUAGAUCGAUUGAAAUCCAUAGUGAAACACAGCAUG